AUGUCACUGUACAGCAUGUCACAUAAUAUAACCGGCUUCAAAGUCACUGAGCUCGACCGACGACGCAAGAGCGCGGAUUCAACGUUCAGCAACUCGGAUGUUGAGACCCGGAGCACGUACAUUAUUAGUAGUGCAGAACUGAUAGCGAGUGUGCACUGGUUUGAGCAAUUGGCGAACGCAAUGAUGGAGUCUUCAAAUUCUGGCCCUCCCGCUGGAGCAGGUGGGAAAAAUGCGGAUGCGUUUAACCCCACGGGGGAAUCGGGUCAAAUGACUGAAAACGAGGCGGCGCGCCUCGCCAGGUUUAUCAGCCAGACGAAUCCCAACUAUAUCGAAGUGCUUUCGGAUGAUGAAGACCUACUGGAAGAACCAAUGUCAGAGCCUUCCACCCCCUUUGCGCAAACCGCAAUAGGGCGGAAGAUGACAAAGGCUGCGGCCUUUUUGAAGACGCUUACUCCUACAAUGAGGAAGAUUGUGGAAAGGAUUACUGGUGAAGACGUCGAGAAAUCAAUGCAGGAACCAUCAUUGUCCUCUUCUGCAGAGGUGAAGAUUUUUACCAGCGCUAACACAAUCUUGGCUCAAGGCAUGGAAGGCCUUUUCGGGAUCCCUAGGCCUCUCCUUAACUUGGCCAAGGCCAAGGUUCACAUUCCACUCACUUUACUCAUGAAUGCGGCUUUGUGGAAGAUGCAUGAAGAGCCUUCCUGUGUCAAGCUGAAGAAAGGCCUGGUCCUUAAUGCCCAGUGA